AUGCCCCCCGCCCUGAAACGCAAAUCUACCACGCCGGAUCUCGACCUUGACGCGUUAUUUGCUGACCUUGACUCAUCUGCUAACCAAUAUGUCUCUCAAGUGCAAAAAAGGACAUCCAAGACGCGUCGAUUGUCGAAGACUCCUGCAUAUGUAAGCGUGUCAUCUGAAGAAAGAGAGCCUUCCACUAGUAGCUCUGCAGUGGAGCUCGUCUAUUCGGGCACUUCUAGUCGUACAAGGAACCAAGUGGACAGGGAGAUGCAACUUCAGAUGUUGUGUGACGGAUUGGAUCAGAAGGAGAGCAAGGUUCUCCCAUUCUCGACUCCGACGCGUUCCAGGACUCAGGUGACCCCGUCAAAAGGAAACGAGAUAGAAGAUUAUGACUUAGGGGCGCUAGUCGACGGCGUCGAUUGGGACGAAGAGUUUGUCUUGACUCCGGCAAAGCCCACUCGCUCUAAGAAAUCAACGCCCAAAACCCCAACACAGAAGGCUCCAUUAUUGGAUAAAGCUGUACAGCAACAAGUCCGUGAUUCUUGUACACGUUGCGUUGUCCUGAGUGUGAUGGAGACGCGAAAUGUGGGACGGUUAGAAAAAUCCGGGGAUAUUGUAAAUCUUAUUGGGGAUUAUGCACUUGGCUACUCUUGGACCCAACCAACUAUGACCGUUUCAUCAACGCGAAACAUGAUCAUCCUCCAUCCCGACAUUCUCAUACCUGCCACCUCCGUUUCUGAGGCCCCAAGGUGUAUUCGGAAGCCAAUCCUUUCAAACCUGAUCCGAUCGCCUUUGGAUGUCACUCCUUCAACAAUCUUUGGGCACAUGCUGCACGAGGUUAUGCAAUCAUGCCUGGCUUCUGGAGAAUGGAGCAAGGAGUUCAUAGAAGAGAAGAUUACCCAUGCCGUGCGUUCAAGUCUUGAUCGGUUGAUACGCGUGAACGUUGGCAUUGAGGAGGCUCGUGUGGAAAUGCGAAUGAGAGCACGAGGGUUGGAAGAAUUCAGCAAGCGGUUUAUUGCGGAUAAACCCAAGCCGGACGCAUUUUUGACCGAACGCAGGUCUACUGCCUCCACACCCGCACGGAUCGCUUUGACUCAGUUGCACGAUGUAGAAGAGACAAUCUGGUCCCCCACUUAUGGUCUCAAGGGUGUGGUGGAUGCUUCAAUGCAGGCACAUAUCAUUGAAGAGGAGAAGCUCUGGCCAGCCGACCGUUCUUGGACACUCCCUCUCGAGAUUAAGACUGGACGAUCCGCAGCCGAGUUAGCGCAUCGAGCGCAGACUGCUCUCUAUACUUUGCUAAUGUCUGAGCGCUAUGGUGUCCAAAUCCCCAAUGGGUUGCUUUACUACACGCAAUCGAAGGAGAUUCUCCGAGUUCAGGCCGCCAGAAAUGAGAUACGAGGACUCAUAGUCGCACGGAAUGAGAUGGCUUUGUACAUGACAGCGCGCACCUAUCUGAAGUCCCCGCGAGUGGACGAAAUAACAGCGGAGCCUGUGUUACCACCAAACCCGAAGCCUUUCCUACCGCCAACCAUCAAUGACGAGUGGACAUGUUCGAAGUGCUACGCCGUUGACAGUUGUAUGCUGUAUCGAAAGGCUAUUGAUGGUGUUGUGGACGACGGAUCCCCCAUCUCGGAACUCUACCAACGUAAGACAGGGCAUCUCACCGAAAAGCAUCUGGAAUUUUUCCGGCACUGGGAAUCCCUUAUCGCCCUUGAAGAAAGCGAUCUAAACCUAUUUCGCCGAGAGCUUUGGACCAUGACCGCCGAAGCUCGUCAAAAGUCAGGGCGCUGCUUUGCAGACAUGGUUAUUUCAAGUUCCCAUAACAUUCCCCUCGAAGAAACAGAGUAUUCGACAAAGGACCAACGGUACAUCUACGAGUUCGUACGCUCUCCCAAAGCAGCAAGGUUCAACGCAUCUGGCUUGUCGCUAUUAGAUGGUUUCAUGUCUGUCAACGACGCAGUAUGUGUGUCAGUGGAACCCAAUCUCCUUGCUUUUGCUCGUGGAUUCGUCGUUGGGCUGGAACCCGCACGUGUGACAGUUGCGCUCGACCGCGAGAUUGAUUCUGCAAUUACGGAGCGCGGACUAACUGAUGAGCAGAAGAAAAAACAAAAGACAGAAGGCAUUGUAUAUCGCAUUGAUCGUGACGAGUUGUCAACGACCAUGAAUCGUAUUCGAAAUAACCUGACGCAACUAUUCUACGAGAAGGGGGACAAAAAGAGGCGCUCUCUGAUCGUUGAUUUGGCGCCUCCUACCUUUGAUGAAUCACGCAUUCCACCCGAUGCGGACAUUCCUCCUGGGCUCAACGAGAGUCAGGCAGCUGCCCUUCGGAAGGUGAUGGCGGCAAAGGACUACGCUCUGAUUCUUGGCAUGCCAGGCACGGGGAAGACAACGACCAUUGCAGAGAUAAUUAAAGGCUACGUGAAGAUGGGGAAAUCCGUUUUACUCACAUCAUAUACCCAUUCUGCAGUUGACACGAUUUUACUCAAACUUGUGAAUACCAAUAUUAAAGUGCUGCGGCUGGGAAAUAUUGACAAAGUACAUCCCGACGUUCGACACUUUAGUGUGCAUGAAUACAAUACGGCGACAACUAUUGAACAACUUGAACAGCAACUCCUUGCGCCACCAGUUGUAGCGACGACGUGCUUAUCAAUUGACCAAAAGGGUCUUGAAGACUCAUUAUUCCGGAUCCUCUGCAAUGCCCAUCCCGAGACCACUGUGGAUCUCGUGCAUCAGUACCGCAUGAACGAAGAUAUCAUGCUUCUUUGCAACAAUCUGAUCUACAAUAAUCGACUCCAAUGUGGUUCGAGUUCUGUUGCAAAUCGAAAGCUCGGGAUCCCAGAUCCAACGUUCAUCGACAAUUUGCACCGGGUACCUAACUCAUGCACAUUGGGUACCUGCUGGUUGUCGGAAGUUCUGGAUGAAAGGAGUCCAUGUAGACGCAAGGUGAUUUUCAUCGACACAGAUGAUCUCCCAGCAGAGGAAUCACGUGUGAGUGACUUAGUGCAGAACGAGGUAGAAGCAAGCUUAGUGUACCAGAUCGCUAACGCAUUGUUUGCCUCGGGAGUUACCGAGACGCAAGUAGGAAUCAUAUCCCUGUACCGCCAGCAAAACAAACUUCUUUCCCUUAUGCUUUCCCAGUAUCCUGACGUUGAAGUAAUGACUGUCGAUCGGAGCCAAGGUCGAGAUAAAGAUUGUGUUAUAAUAUCGAUGGUUAGAUCCAACGACCAAGGAAACACAGGCGACCUGUUGAGAGAUUGGCGUCGAAUUAAUGUCGCUCUCACUCGCGCUCGAUCCAAACUUGUUGUCAUUGGGUCACGAAAUACCCUCAAAGUGGAGCCGUUACUUGCCAAGUUUCUUGCCUUGAUUGACAAAAGAGGCUGGAUACUUCGUUUGCCAAAAGGGGCCAACACCUUCCAUGAAGAUGUUCUGCCUGGCAAUUCAAAUGCCGUUGUAGAUGCACGACACUGUCCAAGGCGUAGCAAGCAAAGGGUCGAAGCUGUCCUAAAAGGACGAGGAUUGCUUCGUGACGUAGUAAAUGCGAUAUGA